AUGGAACGGCAUUUAAGAAACUUAGAAGAAUAUUCCGUAGGACAUCAAAGAAGAAUAUUAAAUGCUUUAAGGGAAUCAAGCUCUGAUGACUCAAAUAAUUCAGAUGAUUCAGAUUAUUCAGACCAUUCAAAUGAUAUACAUUCUGAUUAUAGUGUUAAUGAUGAUAUUCAUGAUAUUGAUAUCAAUAAUGAUUAUGAAAAUCAGAAUGCACAAGAAGAGCGGAAUACUGAUGAUUCUUAUACGAAUUCGAUCUCAACCGACGAUAAUAAUGACGAUGAUUCUGAUGAUGAAUUUUAUGAUGCUUCGGAAGAGAGUAAUGAUGUAAGUAACAAUAGUAAUAUCAGUGAUACAACAAGUGAAAAUGAAAGCGAGAAUAGCAGUAUCAGUGAAAGCGAGAACAGCAUUAUCAGUGAAAGCGAGAACAGCAGUAUCAGCGAUUUAGAAAAUGAAAAUGAAAGUGAUGAAAGCGAGCACAGUAAUUCGGAAAAUGAAAACGAAGAAUUUGUGAACAAUGAAGACCCACCGUUGCUUCCCAAUUGCCCUUUAACACUCUCUGAGAGCUUAUUGAAUUACACUACGUUUUACUAUUACUGGUCCAAAUUGUUUUGA